UGGGCUCACCACGGGGCAUCAAUGUUCGCCGACCUGACCCCCCAUGAGAUGCGCAACGUCCGGGACAACUUGCAAGGAAAGCCAGAGUUGGGUCUGACAGCGGCCCGGGGCAAGUCCCUGAAGAAGAAUAGCAUUCUGCUGAUGGAGCUCCACCUGCCCCGCAAGCACAAGGCACUGAGGGCCCUGGACCGGGGCCAGGCCAAGCCCACGCGUCAGGCCAGGGUGGUGGUGCAGUUCGGGAACCAGUCCCAGCCCAAUAUCACCGAGAUCAUCGUGAGUCCACUUCCCUUCCCUACUUCAUACAGGGAGAAGACCUUCAAGGGAGACAAGCCCAUUCGGUUUGAGUCACGGCCCAUUACAGUGGCUGAGUACUCGCACAUCAUCGACAUCUUGCAGAAAAUCACCGCCAAGGUCCACAAGGUGCUGUUUGAGACCACGGGGGGAUUUUCCUUCCACAACUGUACCGACCGCUGCCUGACGUUCUCUGACAUUGCACCCCGUGGUUUGGAGUCAGGUGAGAGGAGGACCUGGAUUAUGCUGCAGAAGUUUGUGGAGGGCUACUUCAUCCAUCCUGUGGGCUUUGAGGUCCUGGUGAACCAUAAAGACCUGGACCCUGAGCGCUGGAUGGUGGAGAAGGUGUGGUACAAUGGCCAGUACUUUGACAAGGUGGAGGAACUGGCAGAACAAUAUGAGAAAGGAACGCUGGAGAAAGUCAAACUUCCUGACCAUGACGACAAGGACUUGUAAUCCACUUACAUUCCCCGUGGGCACAGCAACACCCGCACCGACAUCCACGGGCCCAAGCUGGUGGAGCCCCAAGGCCCUCGCUACCAUGUGGAUGGGAACUUUGUGGAAUAUGCCGGCUGGUCCUUCGCCUUCCGAGUCCGCUCCUCCGCCGGCCUCCAGAUCUUCGACCUGCGCUUCAACGGAGAGCGCAUCGCCUACGAGGUCAGUCUCCAGGAGGCCAUUGCCUUCUAUUCAGGCGACACCCCCGCCGCCAUGCAGACCAAAUACAUUGACUCCGGCUGGGCCAUGGGCACCCUGGACUACGAGCUGGCGCCUGGCAUCGACUGCCCUGAAAUCGCCACCUUUCUAGACCUGUACCAUUACUACGAUACGGACAAGCCUGUACAUUACAAGAAUGCCCUGUGUGUGUUUGAGAUGACCACGGGGAUGCCUCUAAGGAGGCACUUCAACAAUAACUUCCAGGGGGGCUACAACUUUUUCGGGGGUCUGGAGAACCACGUGCUGGUGCUUCGGACCACCUCCACCGUCUAUAACUACAACUACAUCUGGGACUUCCUCUUCUAUCAGAACGCAGUGAUGGAGUCCAGGGUCAGUGCCACCGGUUACAUCCACGCCACUUUCUUCACGCCCAACGGACUACACUACGGGUCCAAGGUGUAUAACUACGUUCUGGGUAACCUCAUCCACUACAAGGUUGACCUUGAUAUUGCUGGUCGGGAGAACAGCUUUGAGUCGAUGGACCUGAAGUAUGUGAACUUCACCAACCCGUGGAGCCAUAAACAUUCCGUCGUCCAAUCCAAGCUCGUCAAGACGCAGCACCAGACGGAACGCGGUGCUGCCUUCCGCUUCGGCAAGAAGUUCCCCCGCUACGUGCACUUCUACAACCCCAACGAGAAGAACAAGUGGGGCCACCAGAAGGGCUACCGCAUCCAGUACAACUCCCACGCCAACAGUGUCUGGAUGGAGGAGAACGGCAUCAGCUGGUCCAGAUACCCGUUGGCUGUGACCAGACACAAGGACAGUGAGCCCACCAGCAGUAGUAUCUACACUCAGAACGACCCCUGGGAGCCGGUGGUGUCUUUUGAGGACUACAUCCGCAACAAUGAAAGCAUCAUCAACCAGGACCUGGUUGCCUGGGUGACUGUGGGCUUCCUGCAUGUGCCCCACUCAGAGGACAUCCCCAAUACAGCGACGCCCGGCAAUGCCGUGGGCUUCUUCCUGCGUCCCUUCAACUUUUUCGACGCGGACCCCUCUCUGACGUCCCGCACUACCAUUAUCGUCCGGGAAGACAAAGAGGGCAAGCCCAAGGUCCAGAGAUGGACCCCAGAAGUCGUAGGUCACUGUGUGACUGACAGGCCUUUCUUCUACAAUGGCACCUACGCAGGAGUCUGA